AUGUUACCAGAUUUUUGGGCCUCUCAGCACGAUGGUCUUGCAACUUUCGCAUCUGAAAAUGAAUCUUCCAAGGAAGAGAAGGCUGAAAUACUUUCUAGGUUUAAUAUUAUUCAUUCUACCCAAUUCUUCUGUAUUAUGAACCUUCCCGAAAUAGCCAUCGACUUUCUAGAUGCAUUUGCAAUUCCUACCCCAAAAAAAAUUCUUCCAGAGGGAGAAUCUAUGAUGUCUGAGUCGAGUCCGAUCAACGUACGGUGUUAUUGCUUUAUUCGGCGAAAUCAGGAAGAUGAAACAUCUGUUCGUAAGCGAGUUGACCGGGCUCUUGGGCUCUCUGAUUCCAACAGCAAAUCCACUUUUGGCUGCCCAGGCCAGAAAUUGAGGAUUUCCAACUGGGAAUUUCGAUUCGUCCGCAAUGUGGCACCAUACAAGGAUAUGUAUUGCAUUGAGUUCAAAAUACACUUUCAACUAACUCAGCCAGAUGUUUCAGUCGCUAAGGCACGAAGUAUAUGUACUUCCGUGGACGGUUACGAAGGGCUGGAUCAAGUUAUAAUAAAACGGAAAAAAACAGAGAUAUCCACUUGA